ACCAAAAUCGCUAUUUAGGUACGGCUACUAUUUUGGUUUAACUACGGUUUUAGGCCGUUUCUGAUUUUAACGCUACUAUUUUAACGCCCAGAACCCUCAAACCAUCCGUAUGUCUCUCUCUCUCUCUCUCUCAAUCUCACUCCCUUAUCUCUCUCUCUCUCUCUCUCUCUCUCUCUCUCUCUCUCUCUCUCUCUCUCCCUCUCUCUCUCUCUCUCUCUCAAUCUCACUCCCUCUCUCGAUCUCCCUCUCCCUCUCUCUCUCUCUCUCUCUCUCUCUCUCUCUCUCUCUCUCUCUCUCUCCCUCCCUCCCUCCCUCUUGAUCUCUCUCUCGAUCUCGAUCAGUCUCCCUCUCUCUCUCUCUCUCUCUCUCUCUCUCCCUCUCCCUCUCCAACUCGGAGCUCGACGAAGAGAGCCUCAACUAGCACAACCAGGUAAUUUGUGGUCUGCGUCUUCUAGGGUUUUUUUUUCCACCUGUUUCUCUCUUGACAAAACCCUCUGUAGCGAAAAUGGUGAAAGGGAACAAGGGCAAGCGUGUCAGGCUGUACGUGCGAGGAACCAGUACCCAUCGACAUCUCUGGUUCAGAUCAAGGGUGUGAAUACGAUGGAGGAGGUGGCCUGGUAUUGCGGUAUGAGGAUGUCACACAUCUACAAGGCCAAGGGACUGCAGCAGCUGGAUCUUGUGUCACAUUUCAAUGAUCGAUACCGUUUAUAUGAUGAUCCUCAAAGCAGAUGGGGGUUAAGCUGCUUGGAUGUCCUGCUCACAUUUGGGGCUUAUUCAACAGCUAGAGGCAUGGUGAUCUCAAGGCUGUUUAUUAGAUUCUUUUGGUUUGGACUCAGUUCAGUAUUUGUAACAUAUAUCUACAUGAAGGUUCUGAAGGAAAAGAUAACUGGAACUCAGAUUCUUUCUAUUUUCAGAUUUAUAACUGGAACUCGAUCACUUCAAAUUCAUUGCACUCAGAUUAUUACAACAGCUCAACUAUCAGAGAUUGGGUUGGAUGGGUGA